AGAGGGCGGGGCGCCAGCCGGCGCGACCGAAGACGUCCGGGGAGGGAGGGGGGAGGGAGUUACAAGCACCACCUUCUUCUCCCUCCCCGGGUCCGCACGCCCGCCGCGGGAGGGCGGCUUGCGGCAUCUUCCUCAGCUGGCCUCCGGUCGCUCCGGGGCUCUUCGAGGGGGCCCCAAGCCCAGACUACCAUGGCUUUCAUUCGCAAGAAGCAGCGAGAGCAGCAGCUGCAGCUUUACUCCAAGGAGCGGUUUUCCUUGUUGCUGCUUAACUUGGAGGAAUAUUACUUUGAACAGCACACAGCUAAGCAUAUUCUCUGCGAGGGCCACCAAAAUGAAAGGAAAACCCAGGGAUCAUUAAAAAUCUGUUCAAAAUCAGUGAUUUUUGAACCUGAUGAGAUGUUUCAACCCAUCAUUAAGAUUCCUUUGAGAGACUGUAUAAAAAUAGAAAAGCAUGGAGACAAUGGAGCAAACAGCCUCUUUGCAAAGACUCAACAGGGAAGGAUUUCUCUUGUUUUCAGCCAGGUAUAUUUCAUUAAAGAACAUAACAUUGUAGCACCAUAUAAAAUCGAAAGGGGCAAAAUGCAGUAUGUCUUUGAGUUGGAUAUAGCAGGGAAAGUAGAAGAUGUUGUAGAAACUCUCCUUCAGCUUCACAGAGCAUCUUGCCUUGAUAAACUGGGAGAUCAAACUGCCAUGAUAACAGCUAUUUUGCAAUCACGUUUGGCUAGAACAUCAUUUGACAAAAACAGAUUCCAAAGUCUUUCCGAAAUUUUCAAGAUGGAAUGUAAAGCAGAAAUGGUGACGCCACUAGUGACUAAUCCUGGACACGUGUGUAUCACUGACACAAACCUGUAUUUCCAGCCUCUUAAUGGGUAUCCUAAACCUGUAGUCCAAAUAACACUUCAGGAUGUGCGCCGGAUUUACAAAAGGAGACAUGGCCUCAUGCCUCUGGGUCUGGAAGUGUUUUGCACAGAAGAUGACUUGUGUUCUGACAUCUACUUAAAGUUCUAUGAAUCUCAAGAUAGAGAUGAACUCUAUUUCUAUAUUGCAACGUAUUUAGAUGAUGAAAUGGAGGCAGACAGAGGGCGAGUGCCUCGCCGCAGUCACAUAGCUAAAAACCAUGUUACAGAGCAUACUGCAGAAAGUUACAUGUUACAGUGGCAGCGAGGGCAUAUUUCUAAUUAUCAGUAUCUUCUGCACCUCAACAACCUAGCCGAUCGGAGCUGUAAUGACCUCUCCCAGUAUCCUGUGUUUCCAUGGAUAAUAAAUGAUUAUUUCAGUGCGGAAUUAGAUUUGUCAAAUCCUGAAACCUUCCGAGAUCUUAGUAAACCAGUAGGUGCACUGAAUAAGGAAAGGCUAGAAAGAUUAUUGAUACGCUACCAGGAAAUGCCAGAGCCAAAAUUUAUGUAUGGAAGUCAUUACUCUUCCCCAGGCUAUGUACUCUUUUAUCUUGUUAGGAUUGCCCCAGAGCAUAUGCUUUGCCUUCAGAAUGGAAGAUUUGAUCAUGCAGACAGAAUGUUCAAUAGUAUUGCAGAAACUUGGAAGAACUGCUUGGAUGGUGCAACUGAUUUUAAAGAGCUGAUUCCAGAAUUCUAUGGUGAUGAUUUCAGCUUCUUAGUCAAUAGUCUGAAGUUGGAUUUGGGGAAGAGACAAGGAGGCAAAAUGGUUGAUGAUGUACAACUCCCACCAUGGGCCUCAGGUCCUAAAGACUUUCUUCAGAAAAGUAAAGAAGCAUUAGAAAGCAAUUACGUGUCAGAGCAUCUUCAUGAAUGGAUUGAUCUAAUAUUUGGCUACAAGCAAAAAGGAAAUGAAGCCAUUGGAGCCCAUAAUAUAUUUCAUCCCCUCACCUAUGAAGGAGGCGUCGACUUGAACAGUAUAGAGGAUCCUGAUGAGAAGGUAGCUAUGCUGACCCAAAUCUUGGAAUUCGGGCAGACACCAAAACAACUAUUUGUGAUACCUCAUCCUCGAAGAAUCACCCAAAAGGUUAAAGGCUCAUCACAGCCCUCCAGUCAGAGUGCUUCCUUAGCAGAUUCUCCAGUCUCUCCAGGGGAAGAGUCAUUUGAAGACCUGACUGAGGAAAGCAGAACACUUGCCUGGAAUAACAUCACCAAACUGAAGCUACAUGAAAGCUAUAAAAUUCACAAAGAGGCAAUUACUGGAAUAGCAGUCUCUUUUAAUGGGUCUUCAGUCUUCACAACAUCUCAAGAUUCUACUUUGAAGAUGUUUUCAAAAGAAUCUGGAACACUCCAAAGAAGUAUAUCAUUUUCAAAUAUGGCUUUAUCAUCUUGUUUAGUUUUACCAGGAGAUAACACUGUCAUAAGUUCUUCAUGGGAUAAUAACGUCUAUUUUUAUUCCAUAGCAUUUGGAAGACGGCAAGACACACUAAUGGGACAUGAUGAUGCUGUUAGUAAAAUCUCUUGGCAUAACAACAGGCUCUAUUCUGCAUCUUGGGACUCUACAGUGAAGGUGUGGUCCUGCGUUCCUGUGGAGAUGACAGGAACCAAAAGACAUCACUUUGAACUGCUGGCUGAGUUGGAACAUGAUGUCAGUGUAGAUACAAUCAGUUUAAAUUCUGCAAGUACACUCCUAGUGUCGGGUACCAAAGAAGGCAUUGUUAAUAUUUGGGACCUUACUACCGCCACUAUGCUACAUCAAAUAUCAUGUCACUCAGGAACUGUAUAUAAUGCUGCUUUUAGUCCUGAUAGUCGCCACGUUCUCAGCACAGGAGAAGAUGGUUGUCUUAAGGUAAUUGAUGUACAGACAGGAAUGCUCAUCUCAUCUAUGACUUCAGAGCAUCCACAGAGGUGCUUUCUUUGGGACGGAAAUUGUGUAUUAGCUGGAAGUCAGUCUGGUGAAUUGUUAGUUUGGGACCUUAUUGAAGCAAGAGUUAGCGAAAGAAUCCAGGGCCACACAGGUGCUGUGACGAGUAUGUGGAUGAAUGAACAGUGCAGCAGCAUUAUUACAGGAGGGGAAGACAGACAAAUCAUGUUUUGGAAGCUGCAAUAUUAAAAGUGCCUUUUCUUCAUUUGAACUUCAAACUGAACUCCCUUCAGAGCUAAUGUAUUUUUAAAACAAACUUUUUAAAUGGACUGGUGAAUGUGCAAUGAUAGCAGUUGGAAGUUCAACCAAAUAGAAAGUUUAUGUAGUUUUAAAAUAACUUUCUAAAUCAUGGUGACUUCGUUAAAAGCCAUUAAUUACCAUCUUUUAAGAUGGAUAAAGGCCACAAUUUAACUUACACAUGGUAUUAUUAGAGAGAAAAAGUUACAAUCACUAUUUAUAGGGAAAAAUGAUAAUCAUCUCGGUGGUCAAAAGGUCCACUGAGCAUCAGCUGUUAAAGCUGGCAAGGAUAGUAGCUGUGAGACAACAUCGCUUAGGGCCUGUGCCCAGGAAACAUAAUCCAGUUUAGAGUUUUCUAUGAAAUAUGUGUUCUCUUCUCUGCUACAUCCAAGUCCCGUUAUCCUACCAGCAUUGCUGCUUUUGUUUUAAAGGAGUGGCUAUUCCAUGUAAGUAACCUGCUCCACCCAGACUCUUAGGUAAGAACCUGGAGACACAUAAACAUAAUCUUAAUUAAAAUACAGUAAGUUUACUAUUUAUAGGAAUGGUUUGUAUUUUCAUCAUGCCUGUCAUCUCAACUUAAAUGCUUGUCUUAUCUUUUCUACGAUGACAUUAAAGUUAUUUU